UAUCUCUCUAUCAACUUAUAUAUUUGUCUAUACUUCAGAUUAUUUUGAACAUUUGUAGCUUAGCUGUACAUUUAAGUACCUCAAUUAUUUUAUGCUUUAGCAUCAUCAAGAUUUAGCUGUCCAAGUAGCCUCUUGUGUUUAUGCAGCAUCUUUUGGUCUAGGGAUAGUGCUUUGGAUUGAUAUUGUCAAUUUCCAAGAAGACAAUUACUGAAAUUUGUAGUUAAUUUGAUUAUCAUAUGAGGUCUAAAGGCAGCAAUGCAAUCCGCUAUGCAUAUUUAAUGUUUGAACUGAUUAAACAUCUGAGUUUUGCUCUUCAUGGUUCUUAUAGUUCCAUAUUAUAUGCAUUGUGAAGAAUCUUCUAUUCUGGAGUUUUCGUUUGUUCAAUUUGCAGGGCAUUAGACUAAUAGUUUGGUGGUCGAGUGCUCAAAAAAUUUGAUGUAAUGAAAAAAAAAAAAUUCUAGUCCUAUAAAUUAUGAGGCCCCUUCACUGUGUACCUAUAAUUAUGAUCCAACACUAAGUUUGGUGCAUCAUUCAGCUUUUAAAUUUGGCUAAAGAAAGGAAUUUGGUAAGGAGUUCAUAUUUUGUACUAGGGAACCAAAAAGAAUGGCAUCACUUACACCAGGAGUGCUACUAAAGCUUCUUCAGAGUAUGAACUCCAAAGCAAAGGUUCGUGGAGAGUAUCGGUCUGUUCUGCUACAAGUUAUCAGCAUUGUUCCUGCCUUGACUGGCUCAGAGCUAUGGCCUAACCAAGGCUUCUUUGUAAAAGUAUCUGAUUCCUCGCAUUCGACCUAUGUGUCAUUAUCCAAGGAAGAUAACGACCUAAUUAUGAAUAACAAGUUACAACUUGGUCAAUUUUUCUAUGUUGAUAGAAUAGAAGCUGGAACCCCAGUUCCAAUCCUAGUUGGUGUUAGACCAGUUCCAGGACGAAAUCCUUUUGUGGGAAAUCCAAAAGAUUUGAUGCAAAUGUUAGUACCAUCUGAGGGUCCUGUACCAGUGGAUAGUGAAGGAAUAAAUGGCUCAAAAUUUAAGGAAUUAUUGGAAGGGAAAGAGGGGAGUCCAAGACACAGAAUUGUUAUAAAGGAGGAAAAAGCUGCUGUUGCUUCUAGAUAUAUGCAGGGUGUUUUGACAGCAAGUUCCAAAAUAAGUGGACCUGACUCAAGUGGAGGUGGGAAGAGCAAUGAGAUGGAGGACAAUGGAGCAGGUAAUAAGAAGGUUGGAUUAGUGAAAGGCAAACAGCAAGAAAACAAAGGUCAGGCACGCCCAACUACUCCUCAUCGAAAUCGACAUGACUCAAUUUCAUCAAAGCCAGAGGUUGCUGUAUCCUGUGCCAAGGAGACUCCAGUGCCUUCCAAGAGCACAUCAACAAACUAUUCACCAAAUAAAAAGGAAAACACAAACUUGAAUUCAGAUAAAAAUAUUUUUCCUGAGAUUUCAAUAUCUUGGACCUCUCUGCCUCCAAGCCUCUUGAAGCCUGGGAAGGGAAUGGUUAGAAGAAGAUUUUUAGCUUCUUUGAUCGCAGCAGAAGCUCAGAAAGAAGCAUCUACAACCGCAAUUCUUAUCAAGUGUCUCAACAUGUUUGCCGAUCUCCGCUCCUCUGCCUCACAAGAGAACCCCCAUCACUCUCUGACCAAGUUCUUCACACUGCAACAGCUCAUCGACCAACCAAAUGUAACAAUCCCACUAAAAGAUAAAUCACUUAAAAUAUCGACUCAGUUUUCAUUUCCGGACACAGAAAAAACAACAAAAAAGACAGGUCUAAGUCAUGCUAAGAGUACAUCGAAGCCUCCAAAGUCUUCAAUAGAGUUAGGAGCGACUGAGAAGCUGGAGUGGGCUAAAGGAGAUGGAGCAAAAGAAAUCAAUGAACUAAGGGAGGCUGUCUUGAAUGAAACAAGAAAUUGGUUUUUAAAAUUCUUCGAAGGAGCCUUGGAUACUGGGUUUCGUGUUGCUAUCCAGGAGAAGAAGGGUAAGGACAGUUCUGGGCGGAGAAUGGAGCCAGAGAACAACCAUAUUGCUGUCACAUUGUCACAGCUCAAGCAUGCAAAUGAGUGGCUAGAUAAACAAAGAAACAACUUCAGCUCUGAAAAUAAUAAUGGAUUAUCGGAGACUGUUGAUCGGUUGAAGCAAAAGGUUUAUGCUUGUUUGCUUGCUCAUGUUGAUUCAGCUGCAUCAGCUCUAGAGAAUCGAUCUGAUCGAGGUUGAUGCAAAAGGGUAUUUAAGUUUGAAUUUUAUGUAUCCCCAUUGUCCAAAAAUAACUUAUUAGUAAUAUUGAUUAUUGAUCCAGGGUAAAUUGAGCCAAACAAUAUUGCAAGUUUGGCAAAUCAUAUUUAUAAAUGGAAAUUAUGUGUGGAGUUUUAUUUUCAUGUAAUAAGAGGCCAUUUGAAGGUCUGCAGAGUGAGAUUUGUUAAA